GAGGCUGAACUUGUACGACCGAAUUUCAAGAGUGAUGUAUAUUCUUUUGGUGGCGUUAUGUUCUUUAUCGUCUCGGGGGAUAUACCAUGGAAAGAGAAGAAAAACUCAACUCAUAUCAUCAUUGCGCUGUCGAAUAAAGUUGUACAUGCGCGUCCCGACGACAUUCUUGACGAUCACUGGAACUUGAUUCAAAAAUACUGGUCUUGGAACCCAGUUGAUCGCCCGGAGGCAACGGAAGUCAUUGGAUGCCUUGCAACGAAAAUCACCAGGCAUAAAACUAUCGUAGUAUUUGGGGAGACGGGAGCAGGAAAAAGCUCACUCAUCAACCUCAUGGCGGGCGAAGAAAUAGCGAACACAUCUCCUGACAUGCAACGCUGUACGAUGCUGUGGAAAGAGUAUCCCAUUGACUUCAAUGGCGAGUCUUAUACUGUCUUCGACACCAUCGGACUCGAGGAACCGCAGCCGGGAGUCAAAGAGUACCUCGAGUCUGUCGAGAACGCCUAUCGUCUCGUCAGGGAAUUGAAUAGACGAGGCGGCAUCGAUCUACUUCUAUUCUGCAUUCGCGCCGGACGAGUCCCAAUUGUCCUUGCGAUCACGAACCUGGAAAGGGAGGUGAGGAUGGAGGACUGGUGGGUGAGAAACCACAGCACCUUCGAAAAAUACCAGAUUCAGGUCGCCGGUCAUGCAUACAGAGUCCUUUAUGAAGAAUCGCGCACCAUCAUCCGCGAUCUUGUGAAGAAAUUCACUGCUGACGAGCAGAAGCAAACAUGGAUGGGAGGGGACAAUCUGUUCGUGUCGUUGAUGUGCAACCUGAAGGGGUUACUUGCAAGUAGUCCGCGUGUGAGAGAGAUGGAUCUUGUCCCUCAUCUCAUGAAGCGCUCUGGCGCACCUCCAAACAUAGCUUGAUCACUUUAACCCCUUUCUAUUCCUUAUGCUCACCCGAUUGCACGUAUUUGUGUUGUGCAUAUGAGUUGACACUACAUACUUGGAAGGCUGUCAUGAUAGACAGCCUACACUAACGGACGAUCAGACAAUAGAUAAUGUGGAUGGAUUCGGCGGUACGGUAAGAGAUAAGAUAUGAGCAGUCUGGUCUACAUAUACUGCAUCAUGCAAACACAGACCGGGGACUCUUGUUCUGCUAACAAUAAAAAUAACACACUGUAUAAGAGGUUUCUUUGACGUAGUUUCCCAUGACAUAGAAACCUGGGUCUCUUAGAGCCUUUACAGGCACCGAGAAGGGCUGCCUGAGGUGUUGGGGAGGAUAGGCUCGGUCCGAGGUUAGAGGGCAUAGGGUUAGGAGUGGCAGGGGUCUCGGGGUUCUCGGAGGGUACUUAGACAACGCGAAGCAUGCGGCAUGUACAUCAUCCCAU